ACGGCUCACGCGCGCGCGCAGCUCUGGGGCGUUGGGUUUCAAAAUCACGUUUGAAGUUGCUUGAUCCACGCUCAAGCAAGCAUGACGAAUUGCAAACCCAAAGCGAGCAGGAGCAGGAUAUCGAGCGGUCUGUCGUCCUCGUCGUCGUUUCAAACGCCAUUCACGCUCACAUCCACACCUACUUCCACAUCUCUCACCUUGCACCCUAGCAUCCAUCCCGAGAUUGUCUACGACGAGCGUACAUUACGUCCUCCUGACAGCACGCAUCAUCAGCGAAAUUGACACUGCUACUCCGAGUGAGUCGCAAUGGUAUCUGGGUGCUCUACCAAUGCGCUGCCAACGAAAGGUAGACAGGGAAGGCAACGUUGAGUGAUAAUUUGAAGGGCAGAUAGACCGGUUCGGUGGGAUAAGAUGCAGCCAGAGGCUGCCGCGAGGGCUCUGUCUAUGUACCGGUCAGCACAUCCACUCGCCUCACAGAUCUGGAGUAUCUGGUCUCACCACAAGUCUUGCCCCCUCUUGCUGGGUGACUGCAGCCGCCUCACAAGCUAAAUCACUGGCGCUGACUCGUGAAGGCCUUUUCUUCGCGGAAAUUUCAAUUUUCCUUGCCCACAGCAGGACUUUGCGUACAGCAACACCAGCGAAAGCACAACACUCCAUCUAGACACUCAAGAU